AAAAUAAAACUACGACGUGAGUUGUCCUACUUAUAAAUGCAGGAGGAGUGAUUCACCAGGCUAACCUGCAGAGCGGGUUACCGCGAGGGCGGACCUGCCCACAUUCGUCGCGCGCGCAUCAGUUCUGACAACAGCAAAGGAGGAAUAUAUUAUUUUCUCUUGACUUGACAACAGCAGACCCAAAAGACAAAGAAAUUACACAGGAGAGAAUCUGCAUCAUUCUGCAAGAUUAAAAACAUGGAUUCAGUGACUCAAUACUACGAUUAUGCCACAGAAGAUGGAGGACUCUGCAACUUGGACCCUAACCCCAUGGAGGCCAUCACCAAAACCUACAUCCACAGCAUCAUCUGUGCCUUCGGCUUGGUUGGCAAUGCUCUUGUGAUUGUCACCUACAUAUUCUACAAGAGAACCAAGACAAUGACAGACGUCUAUCUUUUCAAUGUGGCGAUGGCAGACCUCAUCUUUGUAGCAGCUCUGCCAUUCAUCAUAUACAAUGAGCAGCACAGUUGGUUAAUGGGACCAGUGGCUUGCAAGAUACUAAGGUCAGCCUACAGUAUUAACCUGUACAGUGGCAUGCUCCUGCUUGCAUGCAUUAGUGGUGAUCGUUACGUUGCUAUUGUUCAAGCUAGAAGAUCUUUUGGUGCUCGCUCACACACUCUGAUCUACAGCCGCCUCAUCAGCUCAGUUGUCUGGGUAUUUGCUGUGGCUUUAACUCUGCCCACACUUAUCUACACUGAGCUCUUUGAAGAGCAGAAUCUGGGGCCUGAGCCUGUCACUAUGACGUGUCAGCUGUCUUUCAACAACUAUGAGAUAGCAAAGCUGAUGAAGGUGCUGGUUCCCAGCCUUCAGAUGGCCAUCGGCUUCCUGCUGCCUCUGUUGGUGAUGGUGUUCUGUUACUCCAGCAUUGUCUACACCUUGCUGAGAGCACAGAGCAGCCAGAGGCAUAAGGCUGUUCGUGUAAUUUUGGCAGUUGUUGUGGUUUUCAUCCUUUGCCACCUUCCAUACAACGCAGUUCUACUGGACCACACGUUGGCUCUUUUUACCGAGAGGAGCUGUCAUGCAGAAAAGAUUAAACUCCAAGUUCUGGCCAUUUCAAGGAGCGUAGCCUACCUCCACUGCUGCCUCAAUCCUAUCCUCUAUGCCUUCAUUGGGGUAAAGUUCCGGAGCCACUUCAAGCAGAUAAUGUUGGACCUCUGGUGCUUUAGCAAAAAGUACAUCUACAAUGCUCGUUCAUCACGCGGGACGUCUGAAAUGUGUGUUUCGGCCCGCAUGUCUUCAGACGGUAAUAACAACAUGUCAUCUUUUACUGCAUGAUGUUGCAGUGGUAACUAGCAAAGCCAUUAAUAAAGUAGACACAUAAGUGGAGAUGAUAGCAUCUGAACAAAGUGCGCUUAAAUUGAGUUCUUAAAACUUCUUAAAUGUGAAUAUUUUGUGAAGGUUUCUUUCCUCCUCUAUGACAGAAUACUCUUUGAAAUUAAAAUGACAAUGAACCUUGUACAGACUAAACGACAGUUAAUAUAAUAUUAGUUGCAUCAUGUUUCAACAUGGUUCUAUAGGGGGCACAUUAGACCGUUACUUUCAAGUUGAAUGUUAUUUGUUUUAUUGGAAAACCAAACAUCUACCUGUACAUAAGUAAAGUAAAACUGAUUGUUAAAUCUUUGGAAGGGUAUUCUUGUGAUUAAAGGGUAACAUUAAAGUGUGUAAAUCUUGGGGACUUCUACAGCAUACAUGAAAACAAAUUUAAAGUCAUUUGUGGCUCCGGAGGAAGCUACAUGUAGUCUGAUACAGCCUGGCUGUAUCGAUUUGAUCAUUUGUUUUUGAACUGUCCAUCAUGGGUUUACCAGAGUUAAAGGAGCGCAAUGCUGGACCAGUGGUUUGUUUUUCAGAAUUUGGUGCCUAUAUUACCCACAAUGCAAUUUAACCAUAAUUUAUCAGAUUAUAUGCAGCAUCCUCUAGAGCUACAAAAGGCUUUCCAUUACUUUUUUUCUCAUAUAUAGUAGAACUCCCCAAGACCUAUAAAUGAACAUUAAUAUGGCAAAUUGGUGGAAUUACCCUUGAGCACUGCACUUCCAUUGAAUAGAUUUUGGUUACAUUGUUUAUCUUCCAUAGACUCAUUUUCAAGUGAUUUGGCCAUGGGUUAAAAGCCAUGUUGUAGCAAUAGUACUUUUUAUGACACACUGAAUUACAUUUCCCCAGGCAGUGACAUGAUUAAGAUGUUUUGUAAAUGUUUGUUGUUUAUUUUCUAUCUAAAUGACUUUGAGUGAUUAUGCUCAUUUUUAAGACAGGAUGCUAAUGAGAUCUCACAUUUCUAUUCUUCUGACAUGUAAUUUAUAUUUUGCAGAAAGUACACCUUAGACAAACAAACCAUAUUUGAUAAUAACAAGAUUGUGUAAUACGAAGUGUACAACAAUUGAAAGGGAAAAUAGUUCAGAAAUAAAAUGAAAUAAUUGAUGUGUCACAAAGGUGAGCUGCGGGGCUACAAAGUCUCAAGUGAAAAACAAGUCAGGUAACAUUUAGUUAGGAGUCUGAUCUUGGAAAAACUGGAAUCUUCUUGAUCAGUUCUACAACCUUGGAUCACUCAAAAUGAUCUGGCGGCCUUCUCUGCGACUGACGCGAACAGAAAGCUCUCAACCACUGAUCACUGUCCAGUGAAUCUGAACAUUUAUAGUUCUGUGCAAUAAGUCUCUUGUCCAUCAUUCAGCCAAAGGUUAACAAACGUUUAUGAUGUUUAGUCCAAGAGCCUUGAGGUGUAUAGUCCAAUAGGCACAGUAGAGGGUCCUUAGUGACUGCGCAAAUCAGGAAGAUCCCAUGAAAAAAGGUCUAUUCAUCCCAUAGUCUAUUUUUCACAGAUUUAGAGAUUUUGUGAAUAUUUUUCCAAACUGCGCUCCAAAAAUCUGUAUUCAGAAUAAUAUCGAAAUCUCUCCCCUAAAUACUUGAAGGCAACUCCACACCUUGACUUGGGAGCCAUUUGACAACUUAUACAUCUUUUCCUUUUGUCCCUUAAUAUAUUUUGCAAGUGUUCUUCUAAUUUUGAUGGUUGGGGUAUCAUCACUGUCUCUCCAGAAAGCUGUGCUCUUAUCUGCAUUUAAGCUACACAAUCUUUAUCCUGUAAACCUUACUUGUUUUUGAAUUGAGCAAAUGUAAGUAGCUUUCUAUCAUUAGAUUUCUGAAUCCCAUUUCUCAAGGGCUUGCCACCAUGUGUCAAUAUAUAGUUGUCCCACAAGGGAGUAUCUGGUUAGUUGUUAGUUGUUACACUUAAAACUAACAAGGGAUUGAAAUAUUUUGAGUUCUGCAUAGUUCUCUAUACAUUUCUAGAGCUAAGUACUGUGCAUACCCUAUUUUGUUAUACAUUAUAAAGAUUUUAUUUUGUAUAUCUGAUUAUAUUCUUCUGUCACAAUGAAUAAACUUUUAAGUCUUUUACACUGUGGGACAACAUUUAAUUUCUUGACAAUCAGAUGCUGUGAAAACUGACGGUCUGUCUCAAAAAGCAAUGCAGAUAAUCCUUAUGUUUACAGUGUUGGUGUAACCUAUUGAUCAUUACAUAAAGUAUGCUGUAAAAAAACAGAUUUUACCAUUGAAUAGAACGUUAAGCGUGAUAAUGUGAUUUGAACCAGCUUGUAAAAUAACUACCUUCUCAUUAGUUUUUGGGUGAUAAUUCAAGCAUAUUUUACCUGUA